UAUUUUGCCUUUACUUUAUCAAUGUAAUUGCAGCGUUGCAGCGUCUGAUUAAACACUCGAGAUUUCACGACUGUCGCACGUAUCUAGAUCAGUGAUGGAGGAGGGUCUAGGGAACCCUGUGGCUAAGAAGACUAAAGAGGAGUCUGGUAGUGUCCUUCUCACCUACUUCCAAGGAGACAUCAACAGCAUGGUGGAUGAACAUUUCUCCCGUGCUCUGAGUCAAGCAAAUAAACCGAAGGAGGAACGCUCCAAAAUCAAAAGAAACCAUAAAGUUGCUCAAACAAAUGGACUUUCAAGUCAAUGGGAAGCAGAGUCACAAACCAGGUUUCAGCCCUUGUUUCCUCCAGAACAUCUCCGGCAAGGAACAAGCAGCGAGUCUCAAUCCAACCAUCAAAUGCCACCAAAUCACCCUGCAAACAGUGCUAUUCUGUGGUCAGGGGAUUCUAGGCAGGGAUUGAGUGUUGUUCUGCCCCCCAUGAUGUACCCCUCGGCUGUAUCCUCUGAUGGUUUGAUGGUGGCAGAACAUCAGUACUCUAAUUCUCUGUUAAAUUUCCUCCACAACGAUCACCCUGACUUGGGCACAGUGGUGCUACCCUCCUCCAAACAAAACCUUACAUCUGGAUGGACCAGGUAUCCUGGAUUUGGCGAUCAGAUGAAUGAUAUGAAUCUUAACUCUGGUGUACAGGUGAUUGAGAAAAAGGAUCUUUUUUGGUAUUAACAAUGUUAUUUGAGAUUUAAAAGGAAGAACUAAGAAGUCUUUCAUCACUUUUUUUCAUUUAACUGACAAGUGACUAAUGGACCUUGCAAUGCUUCACCUGGAGGCGUCUGUACAUCCAACCUUUUCAGAAACAAGCUCUUCAUGUACCACAGCACAGAAGAAGAUUGUACAAGAGAUUGGCCUCAGGCUCUAUGGUUAAAGACGUUUUACACGCAC